AUGGAUAAACGGGGGAAAAACAAUGUUGACAAAAGGAAACCAGAACGUCUACAUGGAGCCACCGGAGCCACCGAUCCUUGCGGACAAGAUUCUCCUUGCCUAAUUUUGUGGCUCAAACCUCGUCUCUUCCAACCUAUCCUUCCUCUUCAUGUCUUCACGCUCGAGCUCUCUUCGGAUCUUCUUGGUUCCAUUUCCUUUCCUAGAAUCAAAUGGGAUCAUAGUUUUCGCCGGUGUCACACUUCGUCGGAGCGGAAGUCUCGGUUCCUGCUAGUUCCUAGGGCUGCUGCUCCAGAUACUAGCAAGGAAAGCAAGAGUGAAAAUGCCCAAGAUGGUGAUGACGGUGGUGAUGAAAUUCAACAGACACAGAAGCAGCAAUCGCCGCCGCCGCCCGUAUCGAUUAGGCUGGACGACGUGAACCCGGUAGGUCUGGGUCGAAAGUCACGCCAAUUGUUUGAUGAGGUUUGGAGGAAGUUCUGUGGAUUGUGUCAGAUAUCUCGGACCAUCCGCGCUGAUGAUAAGGAGGCCCUUGAUGCCCUUCUCAUCCGAGAAGGGCCCAUGUGCGAGUUCGCAAUCCCUGGCGCUCAGAAUACUGUUGUGCUUGUUGUUGGUGCCACCGGUCGCAUUGGUCGCAUUGUCGUUCGCAGGCUCAUGCUGAGGGGCUACACUGUGAAGGCUUUGGUGAGGAAUGCUGAACCAGAGGUAGUGGACAUGCUUCCAAGGUCAGUAGAGAUAGUAACCGGGGAUGUUGGUGACCCCAGCACACUCCAGGCUGCUGUGGAAGGUUGUAACAAAAUAAUAUAUUGCGCAACUGCUCACUCUCCUAUCACUGCUGAUCUGUUUAGGGUUGAUUACCGAGGAGUUUAUAACCUUGCCAAAGCAUUUCAGGAUUAUAAUAAUAAAUUGGCACAAUUACGGGCUGGUAAAAGCAGUAAGAGCAAGCUCUUGAUAGCCAAAUUUAAAUCUCCAGAUUCAUUGAAUGGAUGGGAAGUUCGUCAAGGAACCUACUUCCAAGAUGUAAUUGCCACGAAAUAUGAUGGAGGGAUGGAUUCAAAAUUUGAGUUCAAUGAGACUGGAGAAGCUGUUUUCUCAGGGUAUGUUUUCACGAGAGGAGGUUAUGUUGAACUUUCAAAAAAGCUUUCUCUGCUUUUAGGCUGCACUCUUGACAGGUAUGAGGGCCUGGUCCUCUCGGUUGGUGGCAAUGGGAGAUCUUAUGUUUUAAUUCUAGAAGCUGGUCCUUCUGCAGAUCUAAGUCAGGGCAAAUUGUAUUUUGCAAGAAUUAGCACAAAAGUGGGAUUUUGUAGGGUUAGAGUGCCCUUUUCAUCAUUCCGCCCAUUAAAACCAGAUGAUCCACCAUUGGACCCUUUUCUUGUACAUACAUUAACAAUACGUUUUGAGCCAAGAAGACGGAGGCCCAUUGACGUACCUACAGCUAAGAGUCAAGAUUUGAGAAGCUUUAAGCUUAUAAUGGAGUAUAUAAAAGCCUUGCCUUGUACUGUGGACUGGGCAAGAAACAGAUUUGUUCUAGUAUCAUGUUCAGGAAUGGGAAUUGAAAGAUCAAGAAGGGAGCAAGUUCUUAAAGCCGAGCAGGCUGGGGAAGAUUCAUUGAGAAGAUCUGGCCUUGGAUACACAAUAGUUCGUCCUGGCCCCCUAAAGGGAGAACCUGGUGGUCAGCGUGCUCUAAUAUUUGAUCAAGGAAAUAGAAUAUCUCAGACAUUUGAUGCAGAAAUGGAGCGCAUUGGGAGUUCACCUCUAUUGCUAUUAAAUGACAAGAACAAAUGUUGUCAUCCUAUGAAAUACGCUGCAGCAUAUGACACAAAUAUGGAACAUGCCGUGACGUACAUAUGACAAACUACAGCGCACCUCUAUUUCCUUCAAUUUGUUGUUGUUUUUAACUAUAAUGCAAAUGUUUUGAUUUUUUUUUUUUUAGAUUCUCAUGCUUCCACCUACACGUUUACUUUAAUUUUGAUUUAUAAAAGUAUAUUGGAGUAUUUUGAAAAU